AUGAAGUCUGUGGUGUUCAAAGGGGUCAAGCAGGUUGCCCUUGAGGAUCGGCCCAAGCCCAUGAUCCAGGAUCCGACUGAUAUCAUUGUCAAAGUCAAGUACACAGCAUUCGAGCUUCAUGUCUUCCGCGGACAUCAGCCUUCCGGCACCGGAUUCAUCAUGGGUCAUGAGUUCACUGGCGUCAUCGAUCAAGUCGGCUCUGCUGUAAAAUCCCUCGAGGUGGGCGACGCUAUUGUCAGCCCCUUCACCGUAAGCUGCGGAGAGUGCUUCUUUUGCAAGCGCGGAUACUCAUCACGAUGUGACAAAAGCCUUCUCUUCGGAACCGUGCUUCUUGAUGGCGCACAGGCCGAAUACGUAAGAAUCCCGUAUGCUCAGAGCACAGUGAUGAAAGCUCCAAAAGAGGUAGAGGACCUCAAGCUCUGUCUUAUGGCCGAUAUCUUUCCGACUGGCUGUUACGCUGCAUCCAACGGUCUCGAUAGCUUGGAUAAGGAGCGUGUUCAGGAGAGCAUUGUCGUCCUCAUAGGCUGCGGUCCUGUUGGUAUCUGUGCUCUUAUUGCUGCACUGGAGUACAAGCCCAAAGCCAUUCUAGCGGUAGACGGCAUAGAAUCCAGGCUAUCGCUCGCCAAGGACCUUGGUGCUGAGCCUUGGAACUAUCUCACACAAAAGCAAGAUCUGGAAAAGCGAGUCAAGGAUCUCAGUGAUGGCCGUGGUGCUGAUGUGAUUAUUGAGGUUGUCGGACAUAGCUCCGCUUUGGACAUGGGAUUCAAGCUUCUCCGGCCGUGGGGUAUCAUCUCCAGUGUCGGUGUUCACAACGGAGAGAUCCCUUGGACUGGAAACGAGGCUUAUGGCAAAAAUCUUACCAUUAAAAUGGGGAGAUGCCCGGUUCGAAGUAUUUUUGAAAACUCGUUGAAGCUGCUUGCAAAGAAGCAACACCUGCUGGAGUUUAUGACAGCUACUGUGAUGCCUUUGAGCAAUGCUCCUGAAGGCUAUGAGCUUUUUGACUCUAUGAAGGUUCAAAAAGUCAUUUUUGACGCCGAGAAGUAA